AUGGCAACUCAACAGUCUAUCUGCGCAAACUGGAGCGCCAAUAGCACUGGUUGCAAGAAGUUCGGCAACUACACUUGCAAGGGCUGCUAUCUCGUGGUGUACUGUGGCUCGGACUGCCAAAAAUCUCACUGGGCUUCUCAUAAAAUAGAUUGCAAGUCGUCUCUGGGCAAUGAAACAUGGCGUCCCCAGUGGAAUCUGGAAAACCGAAACCCGCCUUUUCUGUUUGAGAUGAGAAACCUUGUGCCCUCGUUUCAUGGUAACAAGUCUCUUUGGGGGAACAUUCCUGCCAUCGAUGUUCUUCAGCUUGGGUCAAAUGAAGGUGGUGACUAUGAAAAGCGGUUGAACCUCUUAUUUGCUGCUUCUGGGGAUCUUCGAAAUGUUGUCAAGACUAUUGCUCAGAUGCCUGGCAGCUACAAUAAGCCCAUGGACGUCGUCAUAAACGAUAGCGAUUUUGAUGUAGUGGCACGCAACGCCAUUAUCCUUCUUAUCGCUCUUGUGGCUGACAACAUCGAUGAGGCGGCUGACUGCAUGAUCCACGUUUGGUACUCGGCUCUCAUCCGCAAGUCCGAUCUUGAUAUGCUCCAGCAAAAGGUCCUACCCCUUGUCGAAAGCAUUUGCGAAAAGAUCAAGGACAAAAAUUCUAGUAGCCUCUUGGGGAAGACAUGGAGAUUCGGACAACGCUCCCUGAGGCUCGUGUUGCCAAAGGCAUCGUGGGAUCGCCUUUUGGCCUUCCUGAACAUCCCAAAAGGCCUAACAGCGGAACAGGCGAGCCGUGUCCGCAUGGCUAUUACCCUCGACGAAUCCAAGAAGGACAAUCUGGACUUGCAUCUGAUCUUUCAGACUCCCUCCCGUCGAAUUGCGAAGCAUCGAUUUCGGCAGGACGGACUUCUUUUGCCAUUCGGGGCUUCGCGCCAUGAGUUCCAAGAGCCAAACCCGACUCUUUUCCAAGUUCCUGACGUUUGGCCGAUGCCCGACUGUGCUGACCCCCUCCAAGGAUGGUCUUUGAAGGACGUCGAGGACACCCCGAGUGGACCUGCGACUGCUGAUAUUUACGGCAAACUUUUCAAUCACAUUCGCUCAAUGCUUCGAGCUUUUUUGCUUCGUCUCUCGGACAUGCAAGUGUCUUUUCGACUCUUCUGCGAAAAAUUUUCCCUGCUUCCUAUGCAUCUUGAGUGCGGUUCAUUCAACCGAAUUGAGGUCUCCAAUAUGGCAGACAAUUUGCAUGCUGGAAUGCAUACCACAGCUUACCGGAUGGGACCAUUGCUCCAGGCCCCUCACGUCAACCCGCAUGCGACUCUCAUCACUCUAUUCAGGGAGGCUAUUCGAGAGACCAUGACCAUGCAGGACCGAAUAAUGGACAUGUACACAUAUCGCCCAGAGACGAAGCUCAUUCGUGAAUACUUCUCGUACAUAGGAGCCUAUGCCGCCGGCUAUAAUCCCGAUGCUGCCCCCUUGUCUGAUCCCAAGGCAAUCAAGUGGACAUACGCUCAGGCAAAUGUCGCAAACUAUGACCCCAUUUUCGAUCGGUUCAUGAACAAUUUCAGGUUUUCGCAGGUAGAGCAACUCUUUGGGGUGACGAUGAAACGAAAGAACACCGUGAUCGAGAAAUGGCCUUUCAAAAUGAAGCUCCAGUAUGGCCAGCCUGGAGCCUUGGAAGAGCUUAUUCAGCUGACUGACGAAGUCGUGCUCGCAAAGGAGCGCUACGUGGAGUGGCGCAGGUUUUAG